AUGGCAGAUUCUGCGUGUCGUGAACUGAUCAUAAAGGCAAUAUUCAUCUGCCUCCUUGACCUUGCCUUCAGCUACAGCUUCAGGAGUUGCAUAGAGAUCCCUGAUUCUAAUCAUACAAUCUUCAGAUGUAUUAAAUGUCAUGAAACAGACAUAACUGCAAUUGUGAGUGAUGUAUACCCCACUGCAACAAACCUCACAGUUUCUCGGAAUAACAUUACACACAUUCAAGGCCAAAGCUUUCAUCAUCUGUUCAGUCUGACUUCUCUGGUACUAGAUGCUAACCAUAUUGCUAGCAUCCACAAAGAUGCUUUUAAUAACCUGCAGAACCUCAUGAUGUUAAAUCUGUCCUGCAAUCACCUAUCAUCUCUCCACCGUGAUGUUUUCAGUGACCUACAUAGCCUCACAGAGCUGUUCCUGGGAAACAAUAAUCUCACAUAUAUUGAUUUGUUCCUGUUUUCCAAUUUGACAAACCUCUGGAAUCUUGACCUACGCAGGAACCACCUGAAAAAUUUUUCAUCUUUGGUUGAGUGUAUAACAAACCUGUCCAGCUUGGAACAACUUGACCUUUCUUUUAACAAUCUAACCACCCUGCAUCACUCCACUCGUCUGCCGAACUCGCUUUCCAAACUUUACCUCAGUGAUAAUAAACUACACAAACUGGGAUGUGACAAGUCUUUCCUAAAGUAUGUGAAAGUAUUAGAUCUGUCAGACAACAAAUUUCUGUCAUCCAAAUCUUUUCAGGGCUUGAAUCUGAAGAGUAUAAAGUACCUGCGCUUGCGCUUUACCAAUGUCUCUCUCAACAAGCUUCUUAAUUAUACCAAUAUUCAACCAAGGCACAUUGACUUCUCAGGUUUGAAACUGAAAGAUCAGAAUCUGAGUUUGCUGUGUCUUCACCUGCGAGAUCAUCAAAUACCUAAAAUGAUACUCCAGAGCAAUUCCAUAAGAUCUCUAAACAGAAGCACAUUUUGUAAUUGCUCCAGUAUCACUCUAAUGGACCUCUCACGGAAUGAGAUGAAAACCACAGACUGCUUGCAGUUUCUACACUGUCAGAACCAAUUGGAAACUCUAAAAAUAGAACAUAACCAUCUGACCAGGCUAAACUCCUGCACCAAAUUUAAUCUCAGCUUGAAAAACCUGACCUAUCGUUACAAUCGUAUUCUAGAGGUUAGCGCAUAUGCCUUCAGUAACACACCACAUUUAACAAAGCUCGAGCUAAACAUAAACAUAAUUGCCUAUUUGGACCAUAAAGCCUUAAGUGGACUCCGACAUCUUGUCACACUUCGUCUCGAUAACAAUCUGUUGAGCGAUAUCUACAAUGACACCUUUGAGGAUCUUAUCAGCCUGAAAACGCUCAACCUGCGCAACAACCAAAUAGCUGUGAUUUUCAACUAUGCCUUUCAAAAUCUGUCAAAUCUAACUACUUUAGAUUUAGGAGGGAACAAUAUCACACAGAUAAGGCCACAUGCAUUUGUUGGGCUGAAAAAAUUGGCCGAACUGUAUUUAGACAGAAAUCGACUGAAAGAGAUAGACAGCACGCUCUUUGGAAAACUUCAUGCCACCCUGCAGGUGCUGGAUUUACAAGCUAACCACAUUCUGUAUUUUUCAGAACAUACAUACUCGCCAUUUAUUAAUAUGUCCAAGCUCCUUGAUCUGAAACUUGAUGCACAGGAACCAAGCGGCAUAAACUUGUUGCCACGCGCAUUUUUCCGUGGUUUAACUUCUCUCAAAAGUCUUUACCUCACCAACAACCAUAUCAUUGGAUUUGGGGCUGAAACAUUCGAUGACCUGAAAAGCUUGGAGUUCUUAACUCUGGACAACUCAUGUGUUGGGAUCGCCCAGCUCAAACCUGGUAUUUUCAAAAACCUUCGAAAUUUAAAGACAUUAUUUGUUGAGAACAUGGGCAUUAAAUCAUUUUCUAAAGAGGUCUUUGGAAAUCUCACAGGACUGAAGCUCCUACAUCUCAACCGCAAUGCCAUGAUGUCUUUGGACAUCAGUCUGCUGGACAAUCUGACCAAUCUAACAUAUAUCGACAUGCGCAGCUGUCCUCUCAGUUGUAGCUGCCAGAAUAGUGAACUACAGAACUGGACCAUAAGCAGUAAAAGACUCCAGUUUCCUUAUCUUUACAAUAUUACCUGCCAAGACCAUCCAGGCUCAUUUUUUCACAACUUCGACACUAAUGUGUGUUAUAUAGACAUAGCACUCCACCUGUUUUCCUCAACAUGUACAUUCACAAUCUUACUGAGCUUGAUACCACUUCUCUAUGUCAAACUUUACUGGAAAUUUAAGUACAGCUAGUAUGUGUUUCGAUCAUGGUUCACUGUAAAGUAGUUUUGUUCCUAGUUAAAGAGUUGUCUGCUGCGAUGAUGCUGAGCUCUGAUGCAAUCCUGAGACUACCUAGCUGUCCUCCAAUGGUCAAACUGCAAAGAUUAACCAAUCAAAUUCACAUGCAAAUUAGCCAUAAGAUCCUCAACUGCAUUAGUGAACAUUUCUGACCCCUCAGAGGACCCCAUGAUGCUAAUCCUGAAUCAACAACAGAACUAACAAAUAUUGCUACAAGUGUGACUGCAUCAAAUAAUAAUUGCUGUUAAUAGUGUUCAUAGUCUUGCUGAGUACGUCUUGUAUUAAUGUUUUCUGAAAAAUCUUGUCAUACACACACAAACUGACAGUCACCACUUAUAAGGUACUACUAAAUAUUGUAGAAAUGUAAUUUUCUGUAAAGUUGCUUUGUAACGAUUUGUAUUGUAAAAAGCACUAUAUACAAAUAAACUUGAAUUGAAUUGAAUUUCUUUUAAUAUUUAUCUGAACAAUAAAUCAAAACAAUUGGAUCA